AUGAAUACCCACUACAACUCAGUCGGAGGGUUCAAGCCUUUCAGCAACGUAGGCGAACUCUUAGAGGUUCAGUUCACCGUAAAACAUGAACAAGACAUUGACUGCGGAGGUAGAUACGUCAAGAUCUUCGACUGCAAGUUAGACCAGAAGGACAUGCAUGGCGAGAAUCCCUCCGAAAUCAUGUUUGGUCCCGACAUUUGCGGACCUGGCACUAAGAAGGUGCAUGUAAUCUUCAGCUACAAGGGCAAGAACCACCUGAUCAAGAAAGACAUCCAUUGCGAGGAUGACGUAUACACUCACUUGUACACCCUGGUCGUCAAACUCGACAACAGCUAUGAAGUGCUCAUUGAUAAUGAAAAGGUGGAGUCUGGUGAAUGUGAGGCCGACUGGGACUUCCUCUCGCCCAAGAAGAUCAAGGAUCCUGUCCCAGAUGCGGCUAAGCCUGAGGACUGGGACGAUGAGAUGGAUGGUAAAUGGGAACCUCUUAUGAUCGACAACCCUGACUACAAGGGUGUCUGGGCGCCUAAGCAGAUUGGCAACCCCGAUUACAAGGGCCCAUGGGUUCACCCAGAGACUGCCAACCCUGAAUACACCCAUGAUGCAAACCUAUACAAGCGCGAAGAGCUCUGCGUAGUCGGUGUGGACUUAUGGCAAGUCAAGUCUGGGACCAUCUUCGACAAUUUCUUCUUCGGUAACGACUCGAGGAUGCCAAGGAACGCGGAGAAGCCAUCGAGAAGAGGUUAG